GCAUCCCUGAGCAUCUACAUCGACGCGCAGCGCACCGACUCGCUGCUGCCGUUGCUCGAGCGCUUCAGCGAACUGGCCCCCCACGGGCCCGUGCAGAAGUACGGGAGCGACCUCACCGACUGCUUCACGAACAUCCCACACUGCCUUGUGCGCCGGGCUUGGGCCUUCUACCAGGAGGUCCUGGCUGCACGGGACACCUCGGCCAUCGCCGCCCCGCGCCGGCGCGGAUUCGCACGAACCCUGCCGUUCGAGCCGCCCAGGGCCUCGCCCCUCCACGUGGUCUUCCGGCCAGCGGACCUCACCGCUGCCAUCGAGCACAGCCUCGCGAACCUCUGGCUCGCGGUGGGCACGCUCGUCGGUCGUGCCACCGACGGACUCGCAAUGGGCAGCUCUUUGGCCGGAGCCUUCACCCGUAUGGUGCUUAUCUACUGCGACGUCGUGUUCCACGCCUCCCUCUACAGUGGGCGCGGCCUCCCGCCGCCUGCUCGCUCCAGAAUCCGAUAUUACGUCGUCGAGGGUGUCCGCAUCCUCAUCCUCGAGUCCCGGUACAUGGACGACUACAUAUGCCUAUGGAAGACAGACGGCGGCGAUGUCAUCACGGGCAUGCGGCUUUCCCUCGAUUCAUGUGGGAGAGUCUCGGUACGGCCGGCGUCCCUCGAUCUCGGGUCCUACUCGGACGACUUCCAAUACCCACCGUACAUGCACUUCCGUAGUUUCGCUCCGAACGCCACCAAGAGAGCCAUCGCCCUCGGCCUCAUCGCGCGGACCGACGCCUUCACGUACCCCCCAGACGCGAAGGCGGCCGCGCUCGCCGACCUACUCACGCUCCUCAUCACGGCGGCGGAGUUCCAGGCGGCUGUCGUAAAGCGGUGGGCCACGCAGAGCCAGGUGAGCGCCCCCAGGCCAUGGGUCACGAAGGCAUGCGAGCAAUGGGAGGCUCGUUCUGCCUGA